CUAAGUGUCCCGCUCCCUCUGUUCGAGGACAGCCCCCAUAGCAAGAUCAGAGGCGUCCGAAACAAUCCGAAGUUUUGCGCCAGUGUGGGGGUUAACCAACAUUGCGGCGUCCGCAAGGCUGUUUUUAAUUUUCUCAAAUGCUUCAAUGAGUUCAUUAAACCAUGUAAUCAUGCGCUUGUCGCUUUUGUAUGAGUUAACGAGCAGUGAGUUCAAAGGUGCUUGUGUACUCGCUGCGUGAGGAACAUUACGACGGUAGAAGUUAACCAUACCAAAGAAUCGACGUAAAUCGGAGAUGGUUUUUGGUCUGGAAAACUCGGAAAUUGAUUUGACUCUUUUGGGGGUGGGGCGGAUCUCCUUCCCGUUUACAAUAUACCCGAGAAAUUCUAGUUCGGGUACGCCUAGUACGAGAAAUUCUUUGAGCCUCUGAAAUAUUAUGCGUAAAUGCUUGAUGUGUUCAUCUAAGGAAGAAGACGCAACUAAGAUGUCGUCAAUAGGUUUGUUCUUUAUUGCUACACUGAGUUCAUACUGCACUGCACUGAACGGAACUAGUGCAAGCAGGACAUGUUAUUUGUGAGCAAGUAUAAAGAACGCGUCAGUGUAAUAAUCAACAUGGCGAUGAUCUUAAAUGAUUUAUUUGAUUCUUCUGAUCAUGAAGAAAAUAAUAUGUUGUUUCCAUUUCAACCUAUUAUGCGUAACGAUGACGAUGAUUUUUAUGAGUUACACAUGUUACAUCCAAUUUUCGGAUUAGUGCAAAGAAUUGAACAUGUGAAAAUAAACAAUUAUAUCGAACAUAUUGUUCAUAAUUAUAAUAACGUUGAUUUUAUCAUGCAUUUUCGUUUGUCAAGAAGAGCAGCAUAUCAAUUAAUAGACCAAUUUACAGUGUCGGAAAUAUUUACUUCUAUACAAGAACGUGUACAAAAUAAUAAAAUUAGCGCUGAAAAACAUAUUUUAUGUUAUUUAUGGUUUGUGGGUCAUCAAACAGGAUCUUAUCGAGAUAUAGCAGAUAGAUUCGGAAUAACAAUAAGUGCAUUACAUACAGUAAUAUCAAGAGUAACCGAUUUUAUUUUAGCUUUAGCGCCUAAUAUUAUUAAAUACCCAACUGAUCUCGAAAAAGAACAAACUUCAAACUUUUAUCUACAACAAAAACGAUUUCCUAAUAUAAUUGGUGAAUAUAUAAUAAUUAUUGAAAUUUUUUUAGGUGCUAUCGAUGGUUCUCAAAUAAGAAUAGACAAACCUCUUGAAGAUCCUGAUUCCUAUAUAAAUCGGAAACAAUAUUUUUCUAUUCAAGUGCAAGGGACAGUUAAUCAUGACAUGAAAGGAGGGGUGUCAAUAAGGCCGUUUUUUGGACCACGUCAGAAUCGCUCCAAACUGUGGUAUUUUCUUCCUACCAAUGUAGCUCACAACCUCCUAGAACCGUUUGCUGUCCGAGCAAUUAGAGUCUGAGAACGGGCAACUUGAAAUCUCAAAAAUCAAUGGAGUUUUUCACAUGGUGGUAGUGCCGGUCUCAUUUCAGCAUGUCAUUGUUGAGCUUCCAUCACCAUAUUUUCUCAAAAACUACUAGAGUAUUUGCUGCGAAUAAAAAAAAUAAUAAAAAUAAUAAAUAAAAUAAAUAAAGUAUUUUUCCGCGAAGCUGAGCAUUGCAUUCUAUGAAAAAGAAGUCCGUUCCAGAAGGUAUUCUUUACAUCUCUUCACUGAGGUUUGGAAUUCAAAUAUUUUUUCACAGUAUGUGAUUUCGAAUAUACAUUGCAUUCGCAAAAUGAUGUUAUUCCUUAAAAUCAAGUUUGGGCUUAUAGUAGUAUCGUCCAAUUCAUCGCAAGGGAUGCUAUUGCAUGAUUGUUCAGUAAUAUGGCAAUCCGUUCAAAAUACCAGGCUUGAUUCUAUCUUGAAUGCAUGAAGGUCUGAUGAGCUCCCUUUCGUAUUUAAAGCAGCAAAUACUCUAGUAGUUUUUGAGAAAAUAUGGUGAUGGAAGCUCAACAAUGACAUGCUGAAAUGAGACCGGCACUACCACCAUGUGAAAAACUCCAUUGAUUUUUGAGAUUUCAAGUUGCCCGUUCUCAGACUUUAAUUGCUCGGACAGCAAACGGUUCUAGGAGGUUGUGAGCUACAUCGGUAGGAAAAAUACCACAGUUUGGAGCGAUUCUGACGUGGUCCAAAAAACGGCCUUAUUGACACCCCUCCUUUAUUGACGUAUUUAUUGGGUAUCCAGGUUCCGUUUACGAUGCAAGAGUUUUAAAAAA